AUGUCCCAAAUGGCACCAUCCCAGUCCCUUCAAGCUGCCCUCUCCAGCGUCCAAGAGGCAUUCGUCAAACGAAACCCCCAAUCCAACCAGGCCCACAAGGAAGCUUGUAGAUACUUCCCUGGCGGCAACACACGCUCUGUGCUCUAUACCACCCCGUUCCCGCUGAGCUUCCAGUCGGGGCACGGCAGCACCCUCACCUCUGUCGACGGGGACACAUACACCGAUUUCCUGGGCGAGUACAGCGCCGGUAUAUUCGGCCACUCGAACCCGCAGAUCGCAGAGGCGCUCGCAGGCGUCCUGUCUCGCGGAUGGAACUUUGGCGGCGUGAACUCACACGAGGCCAUCCUCGCGCGCAAGGUCUGCGAGCGUUUCAAUCUUGAAAUGGUCCGUUUCACGAACUCGGGCACGGAGGCAAACAUGAUGGCCCUGGCCGCCGCACUGGCCUUCUCCGCCAGGAACCAUCCCGGCCGCCCGGAGCCCAAAUCCAUCGUGGUCUUCAGCAACGCCUAUCACGGCAGCACCCUCUCCUUUCCAAACACCCUCGUGGACGAGAUCCGUCGCGGCCACGAUGUAUCUCACCUCACGCCCAACCUACCCCACAACUUCCUCAUCGCGCCCUGGAACAACCCUGCCGAGACCGCCGAGCUCCUAGCCACCCGGCCCCGGGGCUCCAUCGCCGCGAUCCUCGUCGAACCCCUCCAGGGCGCCGGCGGCUGCCGUCCGGCAUCAGCGCACUUCCUCAAGACCCUCCGAGCGCUAGCAGACCAGAAAUCCGCCCUGCUCAUCGUCGACGAGGUGAUGACCUCCCGCCUCGCCACCCGUGGGCUCGCCCAAGAAUGGGCCCUCAGGCCCGACCUGAUCACCCUGGGCAAAUGGAUCGGCGGGGGUAUGAGCUUCGGCGCGUUCGGCGGACGCAGAGACGUACUGCAGCUCUUCGACCCGCGGACGACGAAGGUUCCGCUCGGCCACGCGGGUACGUUCAACAAUAACGUGCUCAGCAUGGCGGCGGGCUGCGCGGGGCUGGACGUCUACUCCGGCCAACGCGUCGCGCGGCUGAACGAGCUCGGAUCGACGCUGAAAGCGAGACUGCACGCCCUCCUGGCUGAUGCAUCGCUGUGCGAGCCUCCUGCCAACCGCACCGACAACGACAACGAUGAUGACGAUGAUGAUGCGCAAAGAUAUCCCCUAGAAACAGAUUCCAACAGCGACACCAACGACGUACCUCCCACACCACCCCCAGGACGGAUGUACGUCUCCGGCUACGGCAGCGUCCUCAGCAUCCGUUUCUCGGGCCCCGACGCCACGACCUGCCACCAGCUGUUCUUCCACCACAUGCUCGAAGAGAAGAUCUACCUCGCUGCGCGCGGCUACAUGGCGCUAUCGCUCGAAUUAAGUCGCGCAGACAUCGAGCAUUUCAUCGCCGCCGUGCAAAGAUUCGUGACCAAGUACGCUGCUCUGUUAUUAAAGGAUGGAUAA